AUGGUCAGUUCCCUUAUCGAUAGUGACCUUUGCUGUUGGAAGAUGGGCUCCUUGAAAGAGUUGUUUGGAGAGAGUGAUGUUGCUCAUAUUGCCUCUAUUCCCAUCUCUAGGGUGGUGUUGGAAGAUAAGCUAGUGUGGAACGCUGAGAAGCACGGAGAUUUCUCGGUCAAAACGUCGUACCACCUCCUGGGAAAUGCCAGACGGAGCAACAACCCUGGACCUUCAGCUCGUGAUGAAGAUGGCUUUUGGAAGUUGCUUUGGAAAGCGCCUAUUGAGAAUAAAAUUAAGGAAUUUUUGUGGAGGUUGGUCAAAAACAUCUUACCGUUACGGACGAACGUUUGCAAGAAAGGUAUCUCUCUAGACCCCUCUUGCCCUCUUUGUUUUGAAGAGGCUGAAUCGGCUGCUCACCUUUUCCUGCGUUGCGAUUUUAUUAAAAGAAUGCUCUUCGCGCCCCCGUUGGGAAUAAGGAUCCCGCCUGUUGAUGAUGUUAUGGUUUGGUUGUUGAGGACUUUUAGGUACAAGGACACCAGGUUGUGCCAAGUGCUUUGUAUUGGUCUGUGGAAGGUUUGGAAAGCCAGGAAUGAUGCCGUCUUCAACAAGGUUCGGCCUUGUCCUAUGCUUGUUGCCAAAGAUGUGUGGCUCUCUGUAACUGAGUUUGAUUGCAGCAGGUCUGUUACUAUGGAUCGUCUAAUGCCGGCGCUGGUUGAAAAUUCGUAUGGUAAUGCGUGGAUUAUCCAAACAGAUGCAGGCUGUUUUGAGGGAGGGACUGUUGCUCUUGGUUGUGUCAUUAAGUCUGCCAAGCAUGGCAUUUUGCUUGCUGCGACUCAGAGGUUUCCCAGUUUCGUCAAUCCGGAUGCUGCUGAAGCGCUUGGAAUUCGGUGGGGAAUGCAGCUAGCUAAUGAUUUCAACCUCGAGGAAGUGAUGUUCCAGUCGGAUGCGCUUGGGGUGGUUGACUGCGUUAAUGGAGUGUGCUCCUUGCCGGAUAUUGAGCCCAUUGUCUUAGAUUGUUGUUUGCUUCGUAAUCAUUUUAAGUUUUCUUCUGUCAUGUUCAUUGGUAGAGAGUCCAAUACUGAUGCUCAUAAUAUGGUGGGCAUUGGGAAGUUGGUUGGAUCUCGCACGUGGUUAGGUGUUAUCCCUCUGAUUGAGGAGAUUCGUGUAUCUUUGGCCAUUUCGGUCCUUUCUUAA